AGAUAUUCCUACAAAGUGAAGGUCGUAUGAGGAAAGUUAACCGUCAUUUCUAGAUAUUUUUGAGUUCGUUAUCUUCAUCUUCAACUGAACCUUCUCUCUCACACACUCAAUAUUGCCCAUUAAAUUUCUAUUCCUUCAUGUCAAUUGUUGGGAACACACUGAAUCGCAUAUUGAUAGAACCAAGAAGCUGUAGGAGUGAUUUUAGAUGGAGAGCAAACAGCAGCUCCAAUGGUAUUUCUAUUCACAAGUACAACCGAGAUGGCUUUUUCAUUGACAAAAAUGGCAAAUUGAGAAGUUUUAAUCACAAAAAGCUAUCUAGAAAACGAUGUGGUUCAUUGAGGGGAAAGGGGUGGAAAUAUGGCUCCGGGUUUGUGGAUGGAAUUUUCCCAGUGCUGAGCCCCAUUGCUCAGCAAAUCCUACACUUUGUACAGAAGGAAGUGGAUUUUAACAAUAUAUGUGAGUCUUUUGAUAGUCUUCCUCCCUCUCAUGCCACUUGGGAUGAUCUUAUCAAUGUAUCUGUUCAACUUCGCUUGAAUAAGAAAUGGGAUCCAAUCAUCUUGAUAUGUGAAUGGAUAUUGCACAGGAGCUCCUUCCAGCCAGAUGUCAUAUGUUUCAAUUUGCUUAUAGAUGCUUAUGGGCAGAAAUCUCUCCACAAGAAGGCAGAAUUCUUGUAUUUAGAACUUCUUGAAGCCGGAUGUAUCCCUACCGAAGAUACUUACGCCCUUCUUAUAAAGGCCUAUUGCAAAUCUGGGUUGCUAGAGAAAGCUGAAGCGGUCUUUUCUGAGAUGCGGAAGUAUGGCGUUCGUCCAAGUGCAAUUGUGUAUAAUGCUUUCAUAGAUGGACUAAUGAAGGGAAGCAACCCAGAGAAGGCUAUAGAGAUCUUUCAGAGAAUGAAGCGAGAUUGCUGCCAGCCAAAUACUGAAACUUACACAAUGAUGAUCAACUUAUAUGGGAAGGCAAGCAAAUCCUAUAUGGCCUUCAAGUUGUUUACUGAAAUGAGUGGUCAAAAGUGUAAACCCAAUAUCUGCACAUAUACUGCUUUAGUGAAUGCAUUUGCAAGGGAGGGACUGUGCGAGAAGGCAGAGGAAGUAUUUGAGCAGCUGCAAAAAGCUGGGCUUGAGCCUGAUGUUUAUGUCUAUAAUGCACUUAUGGAAGCUUACAGUCGUGCAGGUUAUCCUAAUGGCGCUGCAGAAAUAUUUUCACUGAUGCAGCACAUGGGUUGCGAACCAGAUAGAGCUUCAUAUAAUAUCAUGGUAGAUGCAUAUGCUAGAGCUGGUCUUCAUGAGGAUGCACAAGCAGUAUUUGAAGAUAUGAAGCGACUAGGAAUAACCCCAACAAUGAAAUCCCACCUGCUAUUAUUAUGUGCCUAUUCAAAAACAGGCAAUGUUGCUAAAUGUGAAAACAUCUUAAACCAGAUGCACAAAGCCGGGCUCAAGCCAGACACUUUUGUAAUCAAUAGUAUGCUGAACCUGUAUGGCCGGUUAGGCCAAUUUGAAAAAAUGGAAGAAGUCUUAAAUGUAAUGGAGAAAGGAGCAUAUGCAACCGAUAUCAGCACAUACAACAUCUUGAUCAACGUAUAUGGACGUGCAGGAUUCAUCGAGAGAAUGGAAAGGCUGUUCCAGUCUCUUCCUGCCAAAAGAUUAACACCUGAUGUGGUGACUUGGACUUCACGGCUUGGGGCCUACUCAAGAAAAAAAUUGUACAGAAGAUGCUUAGAAAUUUUUGAAGAAAUGAUUGACGCUGGUUGUUACCCAGAUGGUGGAACUUCCAAAGUGCUUCUCUCGGCUUGUUCAAAUGAAGAUCAAAUUGAGCAGGUUACUACUCUGGUUAGAACAAUGCACAAACAUAUGAAAACAACCCUGCCAACCUGAUAGAUGUUGUAACUUAUACUGGUUGUUACCCCUGCAUAUUGUGAUUUCUGUACAUACAAAAUGCACACUUUUCCUUUCUUCAAAACUUAAUCCAAAUCACCGUGAACACAAAAUAUUCACGUAUUCCUUAUAAAUUAA